CAAUGAUUUACUGCAGCAUUUCCGAGCCUGGUGGGCUCCAUGCUCCUUCCAGCAGUCCUGAAAACUUAAAAGCUUUGGUUUGCAGCUGAUCUAUAGCAAACAUUUACAUAUGGCAGAGCAAUGUGGUGGAGCCUGGCUCAGCUCUGUCCCUUGAUCCUGUCUGUGUGUGUGUCGCUGGCUUUGACACCAACCCUGGCCACGGCGUGCGGGGAGCUGCAGGCACCGCCUUCCCACAGAAGGAGCAGCAGAAAUGUUAAUUCUCCAGCUCCUGUCGACUGUCAGCUGAGCCAGUGGUCAGGAUGGACUGAUUGCUUCCCUUGCCAAGAGAAAAAACACCGCUACCGGCGGCUGGUGCAGCCAGCAGAGUUUGGAGGGCGACGCUGCGCUGGGCAGCUCUGGGAUGAGCAAGCCUGUCGAGCUGAGACAACGUGCACAGAGCCACCAGGGUGUGGGCAGGACUUCCAGUGCGAGGGAACAGGGCGCUGCAUUAAACGGCAUCUCGUGUGCAACGGAGACAGAGACUGCAGAGAUGGCUCUGAUGAGGAUAACUGUGAGGAUGAAGAUAUUGAAAGCCCUUGUGAACAUCUGUUCCCAAUCCCAGGGGUGGAAAAAGCAGUCCAAGGAUACAACACCCUGACACAGGAAGGGAGACAGAACAUUUACGACCCCGGGUUUUUUGGGGGGCUCUGUGAGUACGUGUACAACGGGGAGUGGCGGGAGCUGCAGUACGACGCCGCCUGCGAGCGCCUGCACUACGGAGACGACGAGAAGUAUUUCCGCAAGCCUUACAACUUCCACAUAUUCCAGUUCCUGACUCAUGCUGAUUCUGGAUUUGCUUUUGAGUUUUACGAGGAUUCAAAGGACCUGCUUGACGCCCUUAAAAGUGAUAAAUCCAAAACAACAGGCUUCACCAUUGGAAUUGGGCCUGGAGGUGGAGAUCUCAUGUUAAACCUGGGCCUCACUUUAUCAGGUGGCAAAGGAUCCCUGAAGAAUUUCACACAAUAUGAUGCAAAGGAUGUUGGGUUCAUUAGAGCUGUGACCAAGGUGCAGACAGCCCGCUUCAAGAUGAGAAGGGACAACAUUGUUUUGGAUGAAGAUGUGCUGCUGUCCCUGCAGGACCUCCCAGACACCUACAACUAUGGCUUGUAUGCCAAAUUCAUCGAUGACUACGGCACCCACUUCAUGACAUCUGGCACCAUGGGGGGUGUCUUUGACUACAUCCUUGUCAUCAAUAAAGAGGAAAUGCGCAGAAAAGCCAUCAGCACGGAGGAGAUAAGUGCCUGUGUUGGCCUGUCCCUUGGCAUUACAGCCAGCAAGGAGAAACUGGAUCUGGGUGCAACUCUGACACACUCUGACUGCAAAAACAAAGGAUUACUGAAAACUGAUGCUGAGAGCCACAGUGCAGUUGUGGAAGAUAUUAUUCCCCGGAUUAGAGGGGGAGACACCAGUUACAGCGGAGGGCUCCUGAACAGUUGGGAUGGCAAAAUGUAUCGUCACUGGGCCAGGUCAUUAAAAUAUAAUCCUGCUAUUAUUGAUUUCCAGCUGCAGCCCAUCCACGAAAUCCUGCGCAGGAGCAACCUCGGCCACAUGGAGACCAAGAGGCAGAACCUGAAGCGGGCUCUGGAUGAGUUCCUGCUGGAAUUCAGCCCCUGUCGCUGUGGGCCGUGCCAGAACAACGGGGAGCCCGUCCUGGUGGGUGACACCUGCUCCUGCCACUGCCGCCCUGGCUACAGAGGCCCUGCCUGCGAGCAGACUGAGCGCCCAGGUGGUGAGACAGACGGGCGCUGGAGCUGCUGGUCGGGCUGGUCCCCGUGCCAGGCGGGGACACAGCGGCGCAGCCGGCAAUGCUCCAACCCUGCCCCACAGCACGGAGGGCAGCCCUGUGCUGGGAGAAACCUCCAGAGCAGAGCCUGCUGAAAGCCUAAGGUGCCUGGGAUGGGGUGGUUUGGAACCUGGGCUGGGCUAUAAAUACUCCAGGAGUGUGACAGAAUUACCCCUGGGAGAAAUAAUUCACCACUGAUGCGUUUCAACAAAUGCUGGAGUCGUUGUGCAAAAGCUGAGCAACUGCUCCCACGGUUUUGCCCCACCAGAUGUGAUGGGAGCCCCACCAGAUGUGAUGGGAGCCCCACCAGUGCUCAGCACCACUGCUGCAGCACAGAAGAUGGCAGAGAAUCCACCCAAAGGAGGUGGAGCUGCUGGGUGAUCACGGGUGCCAUGAAAUAAAUCCACGGCGAGUGUUUACAUAACUGAGCUUGACUCUCGAGGAGUUUAUGUAUUUUCCUUUGGGAAACACAGGAAAAGCUCAUGAUCUAUGCAGUUGGUAUUGACAUAUGUACCACAAAACUUUUGUAAGUUGGCACUGUCAGAUUUGUAAGUCCAGCAUAUUGGCCAGGGCUUCAUUUGCAGCAAAGCCAUAUGCUGCUCUGCAUGGAGAAGGCUUCAGCCUGAAGAUGCUGAAGCAUCCUUGCAAGAUGCAAGCCCAAGCUGAUGAGGAAUUUUAAAUAAAUAAAUAAAGCCAUAAAUAGA